GUUGCUAGGGUUACACUUCCACAACAGAAUAAUAAAUAGUGGUAGCUACAUUUAGCUAGAAGCAAGCUAGCUAGCUACCUCAACUAUCUUGGUUUCACAAGAUAAAUGAGCGAUUUCACACUACUAACUAAGUGCAUUGUAAUGAAAAUAUAAUGACUGCAUUGGACGCUUCUGUUGAACAAAAAUCUAUUGGAAAAUGUUUGCUGUAUAACUGGGUAGAGGAGCGGGCCACUGCCGUCCUUGACAAUGAGAGGCCCAGAGCGCACAUCCACAAAAAUGGACAUAAAGGGAUUCUGACUAUGGAUCUAUCAUCCAAAGUUCAAGGUGUCACCACGGUGAAUGAUUCUUUCACCCCUCCCAAGGGUCAUGGAGUGAGACAAAGAGGCCUCAGAGGAGAACUUUUGGAAAAUGAUCUGCUCAAGAAAAUAAGUGAGCAGACACAUGCAGAAUUUAACCCUGACCCUCCGAAAACAGAGUUCUGCUCCACUACCAAAGAGGACUACAAAGUUGAAGGCUUUCAGCCUUCCCUGCCUUCACCACUAAAGGAGCAUGACUACAAAAGUGAUCAGGCAAUUACCUUUUGGAGUGAGAAUUAUCAUCAGAUACAGGGUGUGACAGCGGUGAGAACCAGGGAUACCCCAUUCAAGAUGAACGCCACCUUCAGCACACCUAUCAGUGAACACAUGGAUGACAAGCCUAUUCUGUACACACCGGAGAAUUAAGCUGUUACUCAUGUGGGCAUUGGACACAGUGGUAUUAAAUUAUUGUUCCAUAAUAUUGUGUAUGAAUAUUGCUCUGUUUAUCAUUUCAAUUAGGUCUAGUCUCUGCACUGUAUAUGAAUUGCGUAAGUACUGCACAAAUGAUUUAACACAAGCAGACAGAUUAAUGGUUUUGAAUUGUAACUUUAUCUCAGGGUCAUUGUCUCCUUGCGGAAUUACAGUUGUUGUUUUUUUAUUUAUACCAGGGCUUUUAUUUUUGUUUGUAGGUUAUUUUCUCCCAUGGUCUUUUUCUCAAACCUUUGCAACUUGUAAUAACCACAAUUGAGCAGUGCUGAACAACAGAAAGCCACAUUUUCCACUUUCUCCUGUGCUAGGCAAAAAUGGAUCUGGCUAUUGUCCUUGGACAAAUGACAAGAAAACCAUUUGUUUUCUGAGAUAAGGAAAGUGUUUUUCCACCGUUAGAAAGAGAGGCACACAGAAGCCUUCGCCUUACAGAUGUCAGAAAUAUUGAUGUUCAUGCAGCCUCCUUACUUUAGAGAGCAUGGCUCCAAUUCAGAUUCGUGUUCUGUCAAUCAAGAGACAAGUCUACAUGGUGUUCCUCUCUCCUCUCGCUUUCAGCAGAGAUUAUAGGCGGUAGCUAUGGCAACAAGUAAUUUUAGACUACAUUUAUGCAGAUUUUCCCCCAAAACAUUUCAUUACCUCAUGGGAUUAGAGGGGGAAACAAUUGAUGUCUGAAACAGAUGCCAUUUAGCUACUUCCAGCCAAGUGAAAUAUAUUGCAUAUAAUUGUUUUAAUUCAAAUUAACUAUGAUAAAGUAAAUAUUUCCUUGAAUAAAUUUGACUACUAAU